CGGGAGGGGACAGACAGCUCGGCACGGCCCGCACCGCUCCGUGACGGGGCAGACGGAAAGGAAAAGGAUAAUGGCAACUCACGGGAGGCGAUAGCUGCCCCGACUCUCUCUCCUUAACGCUGGGUCCAGCUGCUGGGGUUGGCUUGCGUCUCGGCAGUGUUUGCUCAUACGCUGUAGCACCAUGUGUGCUGUAAAGACAGAAGAUGAAAUUACCGUCGUCGAGAGGGAAGUGAAAGAAUUUUGGACUGAAUUGAAAAGCAUUUAUGGCGCUGAGCAGAUCAAUCAGACCUUAGCGCUGAGAGACUCGUGCAAGGAGUCCAUAAAGCUCCUUUCAGAGAGAUGGUCCAAGAAGCUGAAAGAAGGAGACCUGAUGAUUGAUAAAAUCCAGGAGUACAGGAAUGAGAUUCUCCAGCAGAACAAACAUAUAUCAGAAAAUGAAAAACAUUUGACAGAAAUAAAAUCUAAGCUAAACCAGGAAGAAGAGCAAAAGAAGGAGCUCACUGACAGCAUCCGAGAGCUUAAAAAAGAGCUGAUGAAGAAAAAGGAAAUAAUAGCUUCUAAAAACAAAGCCACUAAGGAGAAAGUGGAACGACUGUGCAGGUCUAAAGAGUUGUUUGAAGAGCGGCUUGGAUUGGAAAUACGCAGAAUUCAUAAUGAGCAGUUACAGUUUAUAUUCAGACAUAUCGACCACAAAGAUCCCGACAAGCCGUAUAUGUUUACCCUUUCCAUAAAUGAACAGGGAGAUUAUGAAGUGACUUCCUGUACUCCUCCUCUGGACUGUAUAUCAGAGUUCCAGCUGAAAGUGAGAGAAACGAACAAUUUUUCUGCAUUUAUUGCCAACAUCAGAAAAGCCUUCACUGCUUUAUCUUUUAAACAGACUACUUAAGAUUAGCUCAUAACUGCUUCCAGUUAAGAAGCACUUUUAAUUUUCCUUCCCGUGCUGUGAAAGUAUGUAUUUGUCUUUGUCUCACUCUCAUUCUCUAAUUUCUAAAUAAAAAUAAUGAAAACAGUA